ACAAACUUAGAUCCAAACCUAGCCGAAAAGCGCUAACGCCGCCUUUUAAAACGGUUUUAGACGCAGAAACCGUAUUUAGGGUUCCCCUAGACUUCUCUUUAAUAAAAAAAAAUCUGUCAUAGAAUUAGAACAUUCUCAAGGGUUUUGCGGAGUUCCGAUCAAUAAAUUGGUUAAGAAUGGCGGUGGAGGCAUCCAGAAUGACAGGAACAGUUUCUAAGUUCAGUAACCCAAAGGGUUACGGUUUCAUCAAACCUGAUGAUGGAUCCGAAGAUCUGUUCGUUCAUCAAUCAGAGAUCAAAUCUGAUGGCUACCGUUCUCUCUACGAAGGCCAGAAAGUGGAGUUCACCAUGACUGUGAAUGGAGAUAAGUACCAGGCUACUGAUGUCACUGGGCCCGAUGGCGCUCCUCUCGAUAGUGGCCGCAAUGGCAGGGGAAAUAGUAACAGUCGUGGGGGUGGGGGUUACGGUUAUGGUGGUGAUGAUGGUGGUUAUCGGAGGAACGGCAAUGAUGGUGGGUAUCGUAGCGCCGGUGAGUGUUAUAACUGUGGAAGGACGGGACAUUUGGCUAGGGACUGUGAUCGCAACAGUGGAGGUGGAGGAGGUGGCAGAGGCGGGUGUUAUAACUGUGGUGCUGCUGGACAUUUAGCUAGGGAUUGUGACCGUAGUAGUGGUGGUGGUGGAGGAGGAGCAAGUGGUGGUGUCUGUUACACUUGCGGUGGGUAUGGCCAUAUGGCUCGAAAUUGCCCGAGUGCUGGACGUGUUGGCGCCCGUGGUGGUGGAGGUAGUGGGGCUUGUUAUUCAUGCGGUGCACAAGGACACUUGGCUAGAGACUGUCCCGGUGGUGGUGGUAGUAAUUUUGGGAGAUCUGGGGGUGGUAGUGGAGGAAGCAAGUGUUACAACUGUGGAGAGGCGGGCCACUUUGCUAGGGAAUGCACUAACCAAUCCGUGAACUGAUCAUGUAAAUGAUCUUUCUCUUUAUUCUCUACACCCUCUUAGUACUCAUUUUCUUAGCAGUGACAUGUUUUUCCAGUUUUUCUUUGAUUAGCUAUGUGACCGCUUGUGCUUUCGGAGUAGCUCUACCGAGCUGUUUGAAUUCAUGUUCUUGGGAUGCAAAGUUUUAGUUAAUGGUUUAUAUACAAGUAUAUAAAAAAGCUGAAGGUUCGAUUCUUGCA